AUGACAGCUGUUGACAAUACUAAUACUGGUUCAAUUCAAUUUAAUUCAAAUUUUGUUUGUCCAAAGAAUAGAAAAGAAAUUGGUGAACUUAUUGAUCAAUUUAAAAACUCAUCUGAUGGUGUUCCAAAAACCAGAGAAGAAAUUAAGGAAUAUAUUUCAUUAAUUAAGAAACAAUAUCGUGGAGAUAAAAGAAAAUUAAGACUUGAAAAUAAAAGUCAAUCUGGUAGUUCCAAAACCACUGAACAAAGUGCUACAAAUAUAAAUCCAAUCCAAGUUCCUUCAGUUACUACAACCACCUCAACAAAUGAUAGUGAUGAACAAAGUGUUACAACUACAAAUACUACAAAUUCAAAUCAAACCCAAAACCAAGUUCCUUCAGUUACCUCCACUACUACAACCACUUCAACAAAUGACAGUGACGAGCAAUGUGUCACAACUACAAAUACCACAAACUCAAGUCAAACUCAAAUCCAAGCUCCUUCAGUUGCCUCCACCACUACUACAACUACUUCAACAAAUAAUGGUGAUGAUGUUAAAAAAUCAAUUAAAGAAUUAAGAGAAUUAAUUAGAAAAUUAAAAAAGUCAUCUGAAACCCCAAAAUCAAAAAAAGAAAUUCGUUCAAUUCAAAAUCAAGAAAAAUCACAAACAUUAAAUUAUAAUGAGUUUAAAAACACCAAAAGUGAAAAUGUUCAAGUUGGACAAAAUACUAAAAAACCAUACUGUCAUCAUUAUCGUAGAAAUCGUUUAAAUGAUUGUAAUACAAAUUUAAUUUCUUAA